UGGUUUUUAUUUUUGUAAACAGAAUGCUCUUUACAGGAUCAUACCACCUGCUAGGUGGUCAGAGGCAUUGCCCACUGGCCCUCCUUGUGGAACCCUGAAAAGCAAUGGGGAACAGGUGGGUCUUCAGCCCAGCUGGAAAGAAGCCUUCCAGCAGUGACCUGAAGACAUACAGCCAGAAGGAUUUACCACGUGUCCUCACAGUUUUAAGAAAAAGGACUUUAAAAAGCCCAGAGUCUGUGGAGUGUGCAGACAGACCAUUGACGGUCAAGGGAUUGCUUGCCGAGAGAAUCAAUGGGCAAGAGCAGCAAGAAGAAACCCAAAGCAGUGUUGAGGCUCUGACUUGCAGUUGGUGUAUGCUGCUUAGAUGGGAGCCAUUAUCCAUCCUUCCUGCUCUGGACAAUGCUCAUUGUGUUGUCCUUGUCUUUGCCUGGGCUUGGGGUUCCUUCUGUGAACUUGCAAAUAUUCCUGCCACAAGAAAUGUGAAGCCCAGGUGUCGAUUCCCUGCUCUGUGCAAGUCCACCUGGGCCAGGCUCCUGAGAGUUCCACCCCACCUGCAGCUCUCCGCUGUGACAAGCCUUCAAGGCCCCUGGUCCUGAGUGCAGCCAUGGAGGACAGCCAUGAACUGGACCUUACAUAUGUCACAGAGCGUAUCAUCGCGGUGUCCUUCCCUGCCAGUUGUUCAGAGGAGUCCUACUUGCACAGCCUGCAGGAAGUCACACGCAUGCUGAAGUCUAAGCAUGGAGACAACUACCUGGUAUUGAAUCUUUCAGAGAAGAGAUACGACCUUACAAAGCUUAAUCCAAAGAUCAUGGAUGUGGGCUGGCCUGAACUGCAUGCACCACCUCUGGACAAGAUGUGCACCAUAUGUAAAGCCCAGGAGUCCUGGCUGAACAGUGACCCCCAACAUGUGGUCGUCAUCCACUGCAGGGGUGGUAAAGGACGCAUCGGAGUGGUCAUAUCAUCAUACAUGCACUUCACCAAUGUCUCAGCCAGCGCUGACCAGGCCCUGGACAGGUUUGCAAUGAAGAAGUUUUAUGAUGACAAAGUUUCAGCUUUAAUGGAGCCCUCCCAGAAGAGGUAUGUGCAGUUUCUCAGCGGGCUGCUAUCUGGAGCGAUGAAGAUGAAUGCCUCACCCCUGUUCCUGCACUUCGUUAUCCUGCAUGGCGUCCCCAACUUUGACACUGGAGGAGCGUGCCGGCCCUUUCUGAAGCUCUACCAAGCCAUGCAGCCUGUGUACACAUCUGGGAUCUACAAUAUUGGCCCUGAAAAUCCCAGCAGGAUCCGCAUUGCCAUAGAGCCGGCCCAGCUGCUGAAGGGCGACAUUAUGGUGAAGUGUUAUCACAAGAAGUUCCGCUCAGCCACCCGAGAUGUCAUUUUCCGCCUGCAAUUCCACACUGGAGCUGUGCAGGGCUAUGGACUGCUGUUUGGGAAGGAAGAGCUGGACAGUGCCUGCAAAGAUGACCGUUUUCCUGACUACGGCAAGAUUGAAUUGGUCUUCUCAGCCACACCUGAGAAGAUUCAAGGAGCAGAGCAUCUAUACUGUGACCAGGGAGUGAUGGUGGACUAUAACACAGCAGACCCUCUGAUUAGGUGGGACUCCUACGAGAACAUGAGUGCUGAUGGAGAGGUGCUACACACACAGGGCCCAGUGGAUGGAAGCCUGUAUGCCAAGGUGAGGAAAAAGAGUGCCUCAGAUUCUGGCAUCCCUGGCAGCCCUCAGGGCAUGCCAGCCACCAGCAGUCCAGACCACGGUGACCACACCCUGUCAGUCAGCAGUGACUCGGGUCACUCUACUGCCUCGGCCAGGACUGAUAAGACAGAAGAGCGUCCAAUCCCAGGAGCACAGAGGGGCCUGAGCCCUCAGGAGAAAGCUGAGUUGGACCAGCUACUCAGUGGAUUCGGCCUGGAAGACUCGUCGAGCUCCCACAAAGACAUGACUGAUGUGCGAAACAAGUAUAGUGGGACGCGCCACGUGGUGCCAGCCCAGGUUCAUGUGAAUGGAGAUACUGCCCUAAAGGACCGGGAGACUGACAUUCUAGAUGAUGAAAUGCCUCACCAUGAUCUGCACAGUGUGGACAGCCUGGGUACUCUCUCCUCCUCUGAAGGGCCACAGUCAGCCCACCUGGGCCCCUUUACCUGCCUCAAGAGCAGCCAGAACUCCCUCCUGUCUGAUGGCUUUGGCAAUGGUGUUAGUGAAGAUCACCAUGGUGUUCUUUCUCCAGACCUAGGCCUUGGUGUAGACUCUCUUUAUGAGCGGGAGCGGAUGUGUGGGGGCCGAGAGCCAAAGCAGCUGCAGCCCCUGCUGAGGAAGCCCUCUACACCCACCCCACCGCAGGCCUAUGGGCAAAGCAACUAUUCCACCCAGACCUGGGUGCGUCAGCAGCAGAUGGUGGCUGCUCACCAGUACAGCUUUGCCUCAGAUGGGGAGGCCAGGCUGGGCAGCCACAGCACAGUGGACCAGCCCCAGCCCCAUAUCCCAGUUACUCCCACACGUGGAGCCAGCAGCAGGGUGGCUGUGCAGAGAGGCAUCAGCAAUGGACCAAAUCCCCCUGACACACAGCCACUCUGUUCUGGUAAAACACUCCAGCCCAGAUUUGCAGAGGACAGAGUCAUGAAUGGAGGCCAUCAGGAUCUGAACACUAGUCAUUCCCCAGGCUCUCCUACUCUGGAUAUUGACCAGUCCAUUGAGCAACUUAACAGGCUGAUCUUGGAGCUAGACCCCACCUUUGAGCCCAUCCCCACACAUAUGAAUGCCUUAGGCAUCUCUGCCAAUGGCUCUGUAUGUCCUGAUGGUGUGGGAAAUGGGCUCCGGUGUGGUGGCAGGCUGGACCCUGUGGAAGGCCCUGGCCGGAGCCCUGGCCAGCAAGGUGAUGAGUCCAUUGCAGGACGGCUCCGGAAGUUGAGCCUUGGGCAGUAUGACAAUGAUGCUGGGAGCCAGGUUUCCUUCUCUAAGUGUGGAUGGGCAAAGGCCAGUGGUGAUCCAGCCCCAAGUCUGGGACCAUUUUCCUCUGCUGCAGACAUCAAAGAGACGAUGAUCGCUGCAUAUCCCCCUGACCUUGAUAUGAUUGAUGGCAGGAUUUCAAACAACAAGGAGUCUAUGUGUCUGACCCCAGCGUUCCCUGUGUCUCCAGAAACUCCAUAUGUGAAAACAUCCCCACGCUACCCUCCGUUUAGCCCACCUGAGCCCCAGCUGAGCAGCCCAGCCAGUUUGCGCAAAGGAGGACGUGAACCACGAGGCUGCCCAGAGAUUACCAGUCACACUGUGGGGAUGUCAGAGAGUCCCAUCGGACCCAAACCCACCAUGCUUCGGGCUGAUAUGCCUGCAACACCCAACUUUCAGCAGAUGUUUGCAUCUUCCUGCACAGUUUCAAGCAAUGGACCUGGCCAGAGGAGAGAGAGCCUGCCUUCUGCAGAACGCCAGUGGGUGGAGAGCAGCCCCAAGUCCACCCUAACUCUACUGGGGAAUAGCCAUCCUUCUGAAAGUCCUCGAGGCACCCAUGAGUUCUGCAUCACUGGCAAGGACUCUCCAGGGCUGCCCUGCUUCCAAUCCUCAGAGCUCCAGGCCUCUUUUCACAGCCAUGAGCUGUCCAUGUCAGAGCCUCAGGAUGCUCUGCCCCCUGCAGGCAGCCAAGCCUUCUUAGGCUACAACACUGCCUCCGUAUCAAGUGGCCUUCCACCUGGCGAGGACCCAGGUGCCCUGCUGGUCAAUUCCCAUGGGACAUCACCAGCCCCUGGAGCCCCGCUGACAACAGCAGGGGCUACUGACAAUGGCUUCCUGUCCCACAACUUUCUCACGGUGUCACCUGGACCCAGCAGCCACCACAGUCCAGGCCUGCAGAACCAGGGGUUAAGCCUGCCUGGGCAGCCACCCCUCCCUGAGAAGAAGAGAGCCUCAGAGGGUGACCGUUCUUUGGGUUCAGUCUCACCCUCCUCCAGUGGCUUCUCCAGCCCCCACAGCGGGAGCACCAUGAGUAUCCCCUUCCCAAAUGUCCUUCCAGACUUCUGCAAGCCUUCAGAAGUGGCCACACCUUUGCCAGACAGCCCAAAUGAUAAACUCGUGAUUGUGAAGUUUGUUCAAGACACUUCCAAGUUCUGGUACAAGGCAGAUAUCUCCAGAGAACAAGCCAUUGCCAUGUUGAAGGACAAAGCUCCUGGGUCAUUCAUCGUGAGGGACAGUCACUCCUUCCGAGGGGCCUAUGGCCUGGCCAUGAAGGUGGCCACACCUCCUCCUUCUGUCUUGCACCUGAACAAAAAAGCUGGAGACUUGUCCAAUGAGCUUGUCCGGCAUUUCUUGAUUGAGUGUACCCCGAAGGGAGUGCGGUUGAAAGGGUGCUCCAAUGAACCAUAUUUUGGGAGCCUGACGGCUUUGGUGUGCCAGCAUUCCAUUACACCCUUGGCUUUGCCCUGCAAGCUGCUCAUUCCAGAGAGAGAUCCACUGGAGGAAAUAGCGGAAAACUCUCCCCAGACAGCAGCCAACUCAGCAGCCGAGUUGCUGAAACAGGGGGCAGCCUGCAAUGUUUGGUACUUGAACUCUGUGGAAAUGGAGUCCCUCACUGGUCACCAGGCAGUCCAGAAAGCCCUGAGUAUGACCCUGGUUCAAGAGCCUCCUCCAGUGUCCACAGUGGUACAUUUCAAGGUGUCAGCCCAGGGCAUCACCCUGACUGACAACCAGAGAAAUAAAGGCAUCAGUUUCUACUCCACAAAACAUCCUGCUGGGGAAAUGACAAACCUACCCAGCCCAUCUUCCGUCAUCCUAGACUCCAGUGACUGGAACUACUUUCUCUACCCACCCAACAGGCUCUUCUUUCGGAGGCAUUACCCUGUGAGCAGUGUGAUUUUCUGUGCUUUGGACCCACAAGACAGGAAGUGGAUCAAAGAUGGCCCUUCCUCCAAAGUCUUUGGAUUUGUGGCCAGGAAGCAGGGCAGUGCUACAGACAACGUAUGCCACCUGUUUGCAGAGCAUGACCCCGAGCAGCCUGCCAGUGCCAUUGUCAACUUUGUGUCAAAGGUCAUGAUUGGCUCCCCUAAGAAGAUCUAAGUCCUUCAUAGCCAAGCCCGCCAGAUGCUUCACAAGGCCCUUGGAAUGGCAGUGGAGUGAGGCGGGCCCCCAUUUAUACCAGACUGACAAUCCUCACAUUCCAGACCCAAGAGGGGAGAAUAUGGCAGCUCUUCAAACCAGAAACAAACAACAUCACCACUGAUAGGCCUUUCCAGAGAGUAGCUUCUCAUCCAACACACCCACAUAGUCAGGCGCAUUUUGAGUGGAAGGAUCUUGGGCCAGGUAAUGCCUCCCCAGGGUCCCACAGGCACGGGCUGUACAAGGAGAGAGUUUAGAAGAAAAGGUGACCCUGAGUCCCUGGCUCACUAGCAUCUGUGUGGAUGAGGAACACCCACUCUGCUUGGCAGGGGCUGAGUAACCUUGGUGCCCCACUUAUCAGUAGAAGGGCUCUGUCCAGCGACUCCCUCAUCUGGUCUUUCUACAGUAGACGGUGAUGAAAUUGAGAAGGGGAGGCAUGGUUAGUGAAGGUUCGUGCAGGUUGGAACAUGGUGGGAGUCUAAGUUAGGGUACAGUUGAAGGGGUGUGACGUGAGGGCAGUGGAAGCCUCUGGUGUUGGGGAGAAACAUCAAUGUCAGAGACCCCACUGCUGGUGGUAAGGACUCCAUGAUCCUACUCGCAGGUGGCCAGCUGGGCUGUGGAGAGCCUAGAGGACCUUGAAAGGAAAAUGAGAAGACGGAAUCAAAAAAUACCAUUUUAUGUAAUUUAUAUUUUACGUAUGCCAAAUUAUUUAUAACUGCUUGCCAUUGCCAUACUGCACCCAUGUCAAAUGCUGCAGCCGACUAAACCGUGAUUGCUAGAAGGCUUGUCCCCUUGUAGACACACAAGAGACAACUGUCCCCUCAAGAAGAAGGUGAACAAUGGUCUCAGGGUGACACCACGCAGUCCUGCAUCUUCAGUACUGACAAACAGUUUUGCCUCAAGCAGCCCACCCUCUAUUUGCACAGCAACGUGUCUUGCCCAUAUGUGGAUGAUGAUUUCUUUCCUGGUGGGAAUGUCCAGGAGAAAUGGGAGACUGAGACUGUUUGCAAGACUGACUGGGCCAUCUUCAGGCCUGUGUGAUCUAAAGUGCAUGUGACAUUUCUAAGCUGUUACCAUGAUUCUCCUUGUGGCACCUGCAGCUUCCAUGGGGACCUAUGUGGGUGUCAUGAGGGAGAGAAGAGGGACGAAGAGAAAGAAUUCUCUAGUCCUCACAGGCUAGAUUUGAUUUGCUGAGUCAUCUUAGCUGCUGAAUCAGAUGUGAUGGUUCUUGCUAAGAUCGGCACCCAGUGUUGCAGGCUUCCUGCCUACUUCUAUCAGUGGUCAGAGAUUUUGAAGAAGCUAGUGAGCCCAGCACUCCCCAGUAUGGAGGUGGAGCAGGGCUACUGGGAGACAAAGCCAGAGUCUCCUUCACUCAGAACUUUACACCAAACUUUACACCCCAGGAAGGCUCUGAUCAUCCCUGUCCCAGCCUGAAAUUCCUACUCUCUGAUUUCUAAAGUCCAGUGCCAGCUUACAAAUCUCAUAGCUGGGAUAGGUAACCAUUGUCAGGCUGGGUUUGGAAAUCUACAUGGUGAUCCUCUGUUUCAAAAGGGGCAGAGAUGGAACUAUAUGUAGAAUUGAAAUCAACUGUGUGUGUGUGUGUGUGUGUGUGUGUGUGUGUGUGUGUGUGUGUGUGUGUAUGUAUGUAUGUAUGUAUGUAUGUGAAGGUGGACUAUUCCAGUUUUAGCUUGUGUCUGUUUGUGAGUGUAUACAGGUGGACCAUUCCACUUUUAGCUCCUGUAUGUGUAUGUAUGUAUACAGGUGGACCAUUCCACUUUUUAGCUCCUAUUGAUGCACCAAAAGCAAGUGCCUCAUUUCUGUGCCAAAUGUUUGCCUUGGUCUCUAAGGACCUCCUUCGUGGACACACUCUGAUGUGCCUGUUAGAGGGAAUGUGCAUCAUUCCCUAGAGGCCCCAUGUCUUCCACAGAGGCUUCUAGUGUUUCAGCUAUUCAUAUGCAGCUAAAAUCCAGAUGGGGUGGGGGUGGGGACUGACAUUUGUGCUCUGGCCAAGAAGUGCCAUGUCCUAUGAUGGUUUAUAUGCAAAUGUGACCCAAAGACCAUAGGCCAGACUCCUUCUGCUGGAGGGGGAGAUGGCCUGAUUAGAAAUCAACAGGGCAGAGCUGAAACUAGCCUUCUAAUUAAUUGGAGAUUUCAGGGCUUCCCAUGAUGGUCAGCAUGGGAUGCAUUCAAGAAGCCACAUGAACGUGCUUUCAAAACUGACUGACCAGGUAUGACCUUUACUCAAGGUAAAAGUGGUCAAGGAUAUUAAGAAAUUUGCUCUGAGGAACCACAGGAAGACAGCUCUACAAGCUGGUAGGACUAAGUUCUGUCUUCUGUGUAUAACAUGUUUAUUGAACAGAACAAGGUGAGACACAGCAUCAUAGACUAUACUGUGUGCUCAGAAACACUGGGAAGGGGCAUUGUCCAGGCUUGUGCCACAAGGGCAUCAUUUGGGCACAAGUUAGUACACUCUUCUGGGAGUAAAUUCAGUGACACCCUACCUACCACUUACAAUAGAUAUAGCCAGGGUCCCAUUAACUUUCUCAUUAAUGGUCUUAUAGUCUCCAGUGUUGGGCUGUACCCAUAUUAGAAGCCACAAUGCAUUUAUCCUCAGUGUCAAAGACAUUGUAAUGUUGCCUUAUCUGUCUUAUCUGUUAGCGCAGUUUUCACUAUUCUAUAUUGUAAAGAAUAUAUAUCCAGUAUGUAAAUGAGUGUUCUAUAAAACUUUUGUAUAGGCAUUUUCUCUGCUCUUUAAAUAUCAGCCUUAUUCAGAGUAUAAUAAAAAUUAUGACCUUGGUAAGUCUAAUGAAA